CUCCAAGCCUCUCACCCCCAAUUACGAUUUUUCCCUUAUAAGCUCUGCAACAGCUUCAUCACCCCUUAUCCCUAGAUAUCUCACCACCUUCAAUUAUGUCUACCGUCCACAUGACCCCCUCUAAGCAGGCUGCGAAUGCCCUCUCCAACAUGACUGUUGACGAUGCCGCUGCUGUUAAGAAGAAUCUCAACUCGGCCUUCGAGAACGUAAAGUCGCCUGGAAAGGGAGGUGUCAAGAUAGAUCCUGAAUUCAAGAAGCCCUCUGAGGAAGAUACUAAGUCUGAGGAGAUGGACGAACCCAUUCUCACCGAGAACAAGCAUCGUUUUGUCCUUUUUCCCAUCAAGUAUCAUGAGAUUUGGCAAAUGUACAAGAAAGCUGAGGCCUCCUUCUGGGUUGCUGAGGAGAUUGAUCUUUCAAAGGACAUGCAUGACUGGAGCGACCGCCUAAAUGAUGAUGAGCGCUAUUUUAUCUCGCACGUUCUUGCCUUUUUUGCCGCGUCUGAUGGUAUUGUCAAUGAGAACCUUGUUCAACGCUUCAGUAACGAGGUUCAGAUUCCUGAGGCCCGUUGUUUCUACGGUUUUCAAAUUAUGAUGGAGAAUGUGCACUCUGAGACCUAUUCCCUUCUCAUCGAUACCUACAUCAAGGAUCCCAAGCAGAGGACAUAUCUAUUUGAUGCUAUUGAUACUAUUCCUUGCAUCAAAAAGAAGGCCGAUUGGGCUAUUAGGUGGAUUGAAGACAGGAACUCCACUUUUGCUCAGCGCCUUGUCGCUUUUGCUGCCGUUGAGGGUAUUUUCUUUAGUGGCUCUUUUGCCUCUAUUUUCUGGCUCAAGAAACGUGGAUUGAUGCCUGGCUUGUCAUUCUCAAACGAGCUCAUCUCCCGCGACGAGGGCCUCCACACUGACUUCGCCUGUCUGUUGUUCAACCACUUGAACAACCGCCCUUCUCAACAGGCUGUUCAAGAUAUCAUUGUCGAGGCUGUUGGCAUUGAGCAAGAAUUCUUGACUGAAGCUCUUCCUUGUGCUCUUUUGGGCAUGAACUCUAAGCUCAUGAAGCAGUAUAUUGAAUUUGUUGCCGACCGUCUUCUGUUGUCUCUCGGUAACCCAAAGUUUUACAAUGCCACUAACCCAUUCGACUUUAUGGAGUCUAUUUCUCUUGCCGGCAAAACCAACUUCUUCGAGAAGCGUGUCGGAGACUAUCAGAAAGCUGGUGUCAUGGCGUCUACUCAAAAGAAAACUGAGGAGCCCACCAACAAUGGCGAAGGCGUCAUCAGAUUUGACGAAGACUUUUAAACUAGUCACUAUUUCUUAACGCGUUGGACAAAACAGUGUAGCAUUUUUUGUUUUCCUUUGGGGUUUUCACUGGGUGGUUGGGACUUAACGGAUGGCAACUGGGGAAGGGGUUUUCUUUAUGGCUUUGCUUGCUUCUUAAUUAAUGUUGGGUUACCUUAACAUGCCCAAAUAGCAUCCCCGAUCAGUUUUUUUUUUGCGGAUUUGGAGUGGUUUUUUUACUAGUAUUUUCUGCUUUCCUUUUCACUUUUCCCUUUCAUCGGAGUUGAUCCUCAUACAACUUGCCUGUUUCCUGAGUUUUAUUUGUUUUUUUUGCUAUCAGGCAUAUGUAUUUUGUAUCUAGAGAGCCCUAUUUCCCGAUCAUUUUCAGGAAAUUGGCUUGGUACGAACGGUCCGUCAGUUGGUGAUGAUGCUUUGUGUAAUGAUAUCAGCUUUGUGUAAUGAUAUCAGAUUACGACUCG